CUGAUCCAAUCCUUUUUUACCUUACCUCUUUGUCCCUCUGUCACAUGCUGUGAAAUUUCAUCAUCCGCUUUUACUUUUUCUAUUACUCGGACUCUUACCAUUACCGGUUAUUUUUCCUUUGGUUUUACAUCCUAUACCCAUUACCCCACACUUUAUUAAGCGCUCUCCCACACACACACCCGGAUCAGCUAAGGCCAUCUACUCUCAAACACAUUCACUCUUUUGUAUUCGUUCUCUCUUUCUCUUCACCAGUUACUCCCGUUUUGAGCUACAAUGGAAUACUACUACAAGAGGAGCCAUGUACCAGCAUUUGGGAGCUGGGAUUGGAAUGACAACCUUCCAUUCACAGAGUGCUUCGAGACAGCGAGGGAAGCUGGUUGGCUUCCAUACAGUUACUCUGACCAGUCUGAGGUCGGGCAAAGGUGUGUGACCAACAUGAAAAAGAAACAAGAAAGAAGAAUUGGGGGAGUAUUGAUAAUGAACAACUAAGCCCAACUCCACUGCAGAGACCUACGCCCAAACCUGUUGAUGAGGAUUUGUAUAAGAUAUCACCUGGCCUUCUCUAUGAGAAAACUAAAAAGAAGAGAGGUUUGUGUUUCUUUUCUUGCUGCUUGUUGCCAACUUGCAUUGCUUGAAUGAAAGCCGCGGAAGAAGUGAUCGAGAAGCCAAUGUACAUAUACGUGAUAAUAGAUACUCAAUGGAAGGAUAUUAAUGUAAAAUCCCCAUAUUACUCAUGAUUGUUGUGGAAA